AUGCUUCUACUGGAAAUAUCCUCGGUGCUGGCUAUUGGGCUAGCUCUCUUGACUCCGGCUCAUGCCACUCCGACCACUGGAAAUGUGUGCACUGUGAAGGCAAGAGGUCAUCAAAAGGAUGAUGUUGAGAAUAUCCUUCAAGCAUUUAAAAAGUGUGACAAUGGUGGUACUGUUGUCUUUCCUGAGGAUCAGUCAUACUGGAUUGCCACACGCUUAAACCCAGUCCUUAAUGAUGUGAAAAUCGAGUGGCGCGGGAAAUGGACGUUCUCCGAUGACCUGAGCUACUGGCGCAACAACUCUUACCCAAUCGCCUUCCAGAACCACCACGCUGGUUUUGUUAUCUCAGGCAGCCAUAUCAGUAUAGAUGGCUAUGGAACAGGCGGCAUUGAUGGAAAUGGAAAUGUGUGGUAUAAUGCAGAGGAAGGGACCACACUGCCAGGUCGACCAAUGCCGUUUGUGUUUUGGAACGUGUCGGAUGUCAACGUGGAGAAUUUCUACGUGAAAGAUCCGCCACUGUGGAGCUUGAACAUUAUGAACGGUACCAACAUGCGAUUCAACAAUAUCCUAUGCAACGCCACCGCCGUGAAUGCACCAUAUGGAGAGAACUGGGUACAGAAUACCGAUGGCUUUGAUACCAUGGAUGUGGACAAUGUGCAACUCACGAACCUGGUAUACCAAGGUGGAGAUGAUUGUAUAGCAAUCAAACCGCGCUCUUACAACGUCGAGAUUCGCAAUGUAACAUGCCAUGGCGGAAAUGGCGUUGCAAUUGGAAGUUUGGGCCAGUAUCUGGAGGACUCAAGUGUGGCCAACAUUCUUGUCGAUAACGUGAAGAUCAUUCGGCGCAAUAACGAUAUGGAGAAUGGUGCUUACGUUAAGACAUGGAUGGGCGGCCUUGUGCCACAAAGCUCAUACGAAAGCGCAGGCCUUCCCCGGGGUGGGGGUUGGGGAAGUGUUCGCAAUGUCAUAUUUUCGAAUUUCGAAAUCGAUGGUGCCAGCGCCGGUAUUGCUAUCACUCAGGACAGUGGAGACAAUGGCUCGUACGUCGGCACAAGUAAGAUGGCCAUUUCCAACAUUGCAUUUGUGAAUUUCACAGGGAAUAUCGACAGGGACUCGACAAAGGUUGCGUCAGUGUCUUGUUCGAAUCUUCAUCCGUGUUAUAACAUUGACUUUGACAAUGUCGUGCUAUAUCCAGAGAAUACCACCACCCCGGGAAUUGGCUCUUGCUCUUAUACAGCCGAUGAUGGAGUGCAUGGACUUGAUGGAUGUUAG